AUGGGAGUGUUUGAGGAAGACGGUGAAAUUUAUCCUUCAGAAAUCGUCCGACUAUGGGUUUCUGAAGGAUUUCUUAAACCAAUAGACAACAAGAGCUUGACAAAAAUUGCUGAACAGUACUUGAAAGAGCUAGUGGAUAGAAAUCUCAUUCUAGUUCAUGAGUCGAAGAUACUUGGUGAUGUAAUAUGCUACAAAAUUCACGAUUUACUUAGAGAUCUAUCUAUAAAAGAAGCAGAAAAACAGAGGUUUUUUUAUGUAUUGAGGGAAGAAAGUCCUCAGGGACUAAUUAGCCAACAACGUAUUGUUAUUCCUACAAGCACUUCAGAGGAGAAAAUCCAAGAUGCCUUGGAAUAUAUGCCCCAUGCUCGUUCUUAUCUAGUAUUUGGUAAUCAAACAGUUGGUCAAUUCUCAAAUUCUAGAUUUUUGAGGUUAUUGCAUUCGGAUAAUUGGAAUAGUGAAGCGGAGUAUUCACAACUAAAUGUGUUUAAGUUGAUGAACUCGCGAUACCAUAGGUUUGUAAUUAUUAAUAAGAAGUUUGUAAUUCCUUCUUCCAUCAAUCUGCUUUGGAAUUUAGAUACACUAAUUAUUCUGGGUGGAGGAGGUUUGACUGCACCAACUGAAAUCUGGAAAAUGUAUAAACUUAGGCAUCUCGAGGUGUAUGGAUUGCAUAUCCCAGAUCCUUCGAGCGCGGACGAUGACAUUAUUAUGAUGGAGAAUCUAGAAGUGAAGAUUAAACUGGAAUCCUUGUCGUUGUGGUCCCACUCCCCUGAUAUUGGAAAGUAUCUACAGAAGAUCAACUUCCCACCCUCCCUUAAAGAGUUGUUUCUCGAGCUAGAAAGUGAUUUGGAGUGGGAGGACAUACUGCAAACGAUAGGUUCCUUACCACUUCUCGAGAAGCUCGUAUUAUAUGAGAGGUCGCUUCAGAAGACAACACUGGACAAUGGAAGACAGCUCCCACUUUCCACUUCUUACAGAGCUUCAUCUUUCUUUGUUAAAAGAAUUGAAGGAGAUUCCAGUAGAAAUUGGAGAAAUACCAACACUCAGAUAUUAGAGGAACAACAGGAUUUACAUGGAGACCAACUUGACCUUCUUGUCCGCGUUAAAGUUCUGAAGGAAGAUGCAGCAUUAAUGCAGAAGUUGGCAACUUCCAAUUUUAAAGUUAAAGUGUUUUAG